AUGCUGAGCCGUUUGUCAGGUUUAGCAAGUACUGUUUUACAAGAACUGUCAGGUGAUGAUGGAGAUGCAGUUACUGAAUCCUCUAUUGCUGUACAAGCUUUAGAGCCAGAAGCAGAAAGCAUGGAGGAGGCACCUGAGGAGCUAUUGGAGCGCCUAGCCCAAACAGAAAAACUAGUUGUUCAGCUGAAGGAUUUGAUCCGAGAAAAGGAUGCACUGCUCCAGCAAAAAGAAACUGUACUCAAGGAAGAGCGAGAAGCUGCAGAUGCUAAGCUGAUGAAGCUUAAACUUCAAGCCAAAGCCAAACUGGCAUCUCUGAACAAACGCAUUGAGGAGCUGACAGAGAAAGGAUCACCGUUGCCUGCGCAGACCUUAUCAGAAGAGCAAGUGCAUCCCAAGGAUAACCAAAAUACAUGUGAAGGGCAUAGAGAGGAAACUGAAGCACUAAAAGAGCAGCUCAGGGAGAAAGAGGAGACCGUUCAGGAUCUGAAGGAACAGCUGUCUCUAGCCAAAGUGAAUCUGAAAGAUGCUGAAAUCAAGUAUGCAACACAGCUGAGCUCCCUGCAAGAAGUGAUUCAGGAGAAGGAAGCUCUCCUAGAAGAGCAGGUUCACCAGCACCAAGCUGAAUUGCUCAAGAUAGUGGCCCAGUCAGAUCUGGAAGUAGAGAUGCAGCAGAACCUGCGUACACUUCAGAGAAAGCUAGAGGAGCAGGAAGCAGCUCUCCUAGGACGAACUCAGGUGGUAGAAUUGCUGCAGCAGGAAUUAUGUACUGCUGAACAACAAAACCAGACACUCCUAGAUCAGUGCCAGAAGAUGGAAGUGGAUCUAAGCUCCCUGAGGGAUGUGCUAGAUGCAGAGAGACGAGAGUCUCAGGAUCUCAGAGAGAAGAUGGAGCUGGAACUAGCUGAGAGGAAGCUGUCUUCCCAUCGCUUGCAGGAGGAGGUGCAGUGUCUCUCAGAACAGCUGGAAGAGGCAAGAAGAGCACAAGCUGAAUUAGAGAUGAAGUAUAAAGACCUGGAGCAGGAACAAAGGCUGGAGGUGGAAGAGAAAAACCUGCAGAUCAGUUGUCUUAAGGUGGCUGAGCAAGAGCUGCAAUCUAGCCAUGCUGCCCUUGUAGCUGAAAAUGAUCAGCUGAAACAGAAUGUUGACCGGCUGUUGGUGUUGUCUGACAAAAACAGUGCUACAAUACAGAAACUACAGGAUGAACUUGUACAGAAAUCUGAAGAACUUGUCUGUUGUCAGAAUGAGCUGAAAUCCCAGUCAGUAGUGCAGGUCUCUGAACUGAAGAAACAGGAUGAAACGACCUCACAAGAAAAAACAAUAGAUCAGGAAGAUCAGAAUGGGACUUCACUGCUACCCACAGAAAACUUGGAAAGACAGAAGACUGAAGGUGAAAUACCACACUUGCAACUUGUUCUCCAGGAGCCUCAGCAGGAAGCUGUGGUGGUCACAGAAAAUGCGAAGCAGAAUAAGAAUGUUGGACCUGAGGCGAAAUGGCAAGACUUGCAGACUGUGGAAGCUCCAGCCUUUUAUGUAGACUGCUCUUCUACUUCUACAGGUGUGUCAGGAGAACUGGUGAAUUCUGCAGUGCAAAAGCCUUUUGAUGACACCUUGGUGCACCCUGAGGCAAGAACAGGUGGCUGUCCCAAUGGAAGCGAGCAGUUUACUGAGGAAAAUUGUCCACCUGGAAUUCUAGAAUAUCUUGCUGCAGAGAAACAGAAAGAGCUGUCAGUUUUGCUGCUGGAACUGAGAGAAGCCCAAGAAGAAAUAACUUUUCUGAAAAGGCAGCUCAAGGGCCCAAACGGCCAAACUUCUACAGGUAACCAAACAGGAGAAGCAGCUAACCAGCUGGAAGAUAAUUCCCAGAUAUGGUUUAUUGAGAGGGAAGAGCAAAAGGCUUCAGAUACACAAAAUGAGUUGGGCAGUAGCUCGUUGCGGAGAGAAACAGAAAUGCGGCAAAUUGGUGUGCUUCAGGAAAACAGGAUCAGUCUUCAAGAAGUGCCCCAGGGGAGCACUGUCCCCUGCAGAGGGGAGAUGGAGGCAAUGCAAGAAGUCUCUACAGCAGAUCCAGAGCCUGGCACCUCUCAAUCUCAAGAACUGAUAAAGUUACAAAACCAAAUUACAGAACUGCAAAUAAUUCUGCAGAAAUCAGAAGAAUCCUAUAAGAAAGAUCUAGGAGAAAAAGGUGCAGAAAUAAAUAGGCUUAACCAGUUGGCUGAGGAAUACAGAAAAAAACUUGAGGAUUCUGACAGUGCAUUUUGUGUUUUGACUGAAGAACGAGAUCAGCUCCUGUAUCAGAUGAAGCAACUUGAGGAAAAUCUAGCUCUUUCAGAAAAGCAGAGACUGUCAGACAGUCAAAGCAGUCUUCUGAGAGAACAAAUCCAGAGCCUUAAAAAUGAAUUCAAAUCCAAGGAGAUAAAAAUUGAAGCUUUGCAAAAAGACUUGGAUGAAGCGCAACUUCAGCUUUCUGACCAGGACAUGCAACUAAAAGAUCUGAGAAGCCAGAUCGAGAAGAAGGAAUGUGAAAUACUUGAUCUAGAACAACUUUUGAGGAAGAAUACAGCUGAGAUAGAAGAGCUUUCCCAAAACUUAGCCUCAAAGGGACGUGAAGCAGCAAGCUUAGAACAGCUUGUUGCUGAACACACCAAGUCUAUAGAGAGCCUGCAACAAACCUUGCUGGAAAAAGACCAACAGAUGACAGAGAUCAGUGUCCCCAUGUCUGAGAAAAUGGCUAAUGAGCUGAAGAGUCUUAAAGAGCAAACAAGUCUAUUAUUAAAAGCUCAGGAAGAAAAAGACCAAAACAUAGAAGGAAAAGAUGCAUAUCUGAAUUGUGGGGCGUAUGAGCAGCAGUAUGAGACAGAGGCAGCAUGUAAAGAAAGCGAGAUAUUAGUAAAUAAAUUUGAACUUCUGAAAAAAGAAAAUGAGCAAGUAAAGCGGAAGCUGCAAGCAGCACUUGUUAACAGGAGGGAGCUUCUGAAGAAGGUUAGCAAAUUGGAGAAUGAAUUAGUGCAACUGAGGAGAGAACAGGAAUCAGGAACCUCAGUGGCUCAAGAAGCUGAAGGGGAAGAAAACAUGACAAGCGUGAUAAGCAGAGAAGUGAAUCUUGAAAGCCAGGCCAGUGAGGAGUAUCUAAUGCAACUGCUUUCUGAAAAGGAAUCUGAGUUGCAGAGCAUCCGGAAGGACCUGCUGGAUAAAGAAACUACUGAAGCACAAUUGCAGGCAGUGAUUGAGGAAAUGAGGCAAAGCUUGCAAGGUAAGACAAACAUUGUUUCAAUUAAAGAUGAAAUCAUGGAGGGUCAGACAAUUGCUGACGAAGUAACGGAAACCAAUAAAAGCCCAAAAGAUUAUGAAGAAAAUGAAAAAAAUAGUUCAGCAGCUACAAACCUUGAAGAAAACCAAAAGUCUGCUCUGAAAGAGAGGAUUACAACUCUUGAACAAGAAAAAGAACAACUUCAAAAAAAACUUCAGGAAGCCCUGGUAUCUCGCAAAGACACUAUAAAAAAGGCUCAAGAAAAAGACAGGCAUCACAGAGAACAGCUGAAACAGCAGAAAGAUGACUACAGCAUCCUACAAGAACAAUUUGAUAAGCAAAGCAAAGAGAAGGAGAGCAUCCAAGCUCAGCUCAGACAACUCCAAGAACAGAAAGGAUCAACAGAGAGUGUUGUUGGGAAUCAAGGUGGGUUGGAUUCUUCAUGCAUGGAAGCAGAAAAUACAACAAAUAACAAGCUUGUACAAGUUGCAGAUGUUUCUGGGGAAGAGUUUAAGAAAAAACUUGAAAAAUUGCAGAUGGAGAAAGAGGAAUUGGAAUAUAACAUUAGCCAUAUGGAAAGUGAACUUGCUUGCAAAUCAGAAUUAGCCUUUCGUUUGCAAGAGCACAUAGCACAGUUGUUUCUGGAGAUAGAAAGGCUGAAGAGAACCUCUGACCAAGCUGAAGCGAAGGCAGCAAGUCUUCAGGCAGAAUUGGAGGAGAGUCGAGCAAAAAUUUGUAGAGAGGGCAGUCUGGAAGACCUGAAAACACUUAUGCACCAGAAGGAUGAAGAAAUGGAAUUUCUUAACUUGCAGUUAAGGGAGAAAAGUGAAGCUCUCAAUAAUGUGCAGGCACAGUUGACAGAAAAAGAGGAUUCAGUCAAGAGACUGUGUAGUCAGUUGGAAACUCAAGCUCAGGUACAUGAGGAACAAAGCAAGCGACUGCAAAGAGAGUUGCUUGAAAUUCAGGAGAAGCAAGAUGACGGUGCAGAAGCAGCUAAACAGAAGAAUCAAAUGCAGAGAAAGUUGCAAGCUGCACUUAUCUCUAGAAAAGAGGCACUAAAGGAGAGCAAAUCUCUAAAAGAGGAGCUGGCUAAUGCUAAAACUACUAUUGAAAAUCUUUCUGUAAAGUUGACGAAUAUGGAAAGCCAAAUAUGUGGCCAUGUUAAAGAAACAGAUACUUUAAGAGAAAAGUUAGUGGGCCUCACUGAAGAGCGAGAAAAACUUAUUGCAGAAGUUGAUAAAGUACUUGCAGAAAAUCAGAAUCUUGAUGGAUGCUGUAAAAACCUGACAUUUACUCUAGAUAGAGUUGUUCUAGAGAAGGAGAAGCUGGAGAAGGAGAUGGAAUCCUUGAAAUGCUUUCAAGCCGCUGAGAGUUCCGAGUGGCAGGAAAAAUACCGGGAGCUUCAGAAAGAAUAUGAAACUCUCCUGCAGUCAUAUGAGAAUGUGAGUAAUGAGGCUGAGCGGAUUCAGCGUGUUUUGGAAACUGUUAGGCAGGAAAAGCAGGAAAUUUUCAUUAAGCUGAAAAGUGUUGAAGCAAAAAAGGAGGAAACAGAUAAGCAGCUACAGGAAGCUGGACAGGAAAUUGAUGGAAUGAAGGAGAAAAUGAGGAAAUUUGCAAAAUCAAAGCAACAAAAGAUCCUGGAACUAGAGGAGGAGAACGAGAAGCUUAGAGCAGAGAUGCGUUUUACAGAUGGAGAGCUACACAGGACUAGAAAUGUCUUUACAAAUAGUAGCCUGAAAGAAGAUCUGGAGAGCCCUAGGAGGGAUUACCAGUCUCUUUCUACUCAGCUUGAGACAGUAAUGGCUGAAAAGGAGUCUCUUACUCAAGAGAUCACAGACUUAAAGUGUCAUUUGCAGUUAACAGAAUCUAAGCUGAAGGAAAGCAGAGAACUGGUAGACAAGUAUGUUGCUCAGAAGACAACAGGGGAAGAAACAGAUCAGGCAGUUGCCACACCACCACCAAUGGAGAGGACUGAAAAUCAGGUGGACAUAAGUUAUAGACCAAAGUCUCCUGCUGCAGAGCUGGAACAAAAAGCAUUUGAAGGUAGUAGUCCUUGUGAAGAUCUUGGUACCUACAUACAGCAGAUAGCUGAGCUCACAGAGCGAAUCACAGAACUAGAAGAAAAUAGGAGGGCUUCAGAACAACAGCUGGGUGACAUCCGCAUGUGUGUUGAGACUUUAGCAGGUGAGAAACGGGCUUUAGAGACCCAAAUGGAAGAGAAAGUCCAUGAAUUGAAUGCUCUUCAGGACACAGUAGCAAAGAUGGAACAAACGGUCCAAAAAACCAAAGACGAUCUCAUCAGGAUGACAGAACUGAAGGACACACUAGAGGCUGAGAAGGAUGAUUUGGAAGAAAGGCUCAUGAAUCAGCUGGCAGAACUUAAUGGGAGUAUUGGAAACUACCAGCAAGAUGCAACAGACUUCCAAAUCAAAAAUGAGCAACUGAAACAUGAGCUUCAGAGUUUGCAGAGAAUGAUGCAUGAACUGGAGGAGGAGAAAUGUCAGAUGGCAAAGGAGAAAAGUAAAGCAAGUUCAGAAAAGCAAAAGGAAUUUGUAGAAAAGCUAAAAUGCAGUUGGAGGGGAGACAGCAGCACACAUGUAAAGGAGCUUCAGGAACUGCUGAAACAGAAACAGCAGGAGAUUAAGCAGCUGCAGAAGGACUGUAUUAAAAGCCAGGAAAAGAACAGUAGUUUAGAAAGAACUGUUAAAGCUCUGGAAUUUCUGCAGAGUGAGUCACAGAAAGAGGUAGAAGCAGCCAAAGAGACUUUAGCUAAAGCGGUUGAAGACACCAAGAAAGCCCAAGCAGAGCUUGCUCUCUGCAGAGUAGUAUUGGAUGACACCCAGAGUGAGGCAGCAAGGGUUCUAGCAGAGAGUGUCAAAGUGAAAGAAGAGUUGCAGGCAAACAAAGAGAAUAUUAAAAUUCAAAUGAAGAAGAAAGAUGAGGACUUUGAGAGAAGACUGGAACAGGAGAAAGACAAGCACUCAAAGGAAAUUAAAAAAAUGGAAGAAAAGCUGGCAACAUUGCAGAGGGAGAAAGACUGUAUGGAAACAACUGUUAGUGAUCUUCAAGACUCCUUGAAGACAAAGGAUCAAGAAGCCAAGCAAUUGGAAGGCAACCUAAACAAAACACUAGCCCAGCUUGCAGCCUUCACCAGGAGCAUGUCUUCCCUUCAGGAUGACAGGGAUAGAGUGAUAGAUGAAUCAAAAACAUGGGAGAAGAAAUUCACUGAAUCUAUUCAAAAGAAGGAGGAAGAAAUACGUUCAAAAGAGGAAACUUGUGUUGUGCUAAAGGACCAGAUGAAGCAGAUGACCAUACAUGUGGAAGAACUUCAGGCUCAUAUAUCCAGGCUGGAACGCAACAAGAAAGACUGGGAGUCUGAAUCCAGGAAGGAGAUCCAGCAUCAUCAAAAGACAUGUGAAAUGUUGCAGGAGGAAAAAAAGGAGCUUUUGACUCAGCUUGAAGGGUCUCAGAAACUGUACAGCAAGUCUCAGAAUGAACAGCAGAAACUGGAAUCAGAAAUCAGCAGCCUGAGAGGCCAGCUUGCUGACUUACAGAAUUCCUUUACCAAAUGUGAAUUGGUCAGAGAAGAGCUGGGGAGUAUGGUCAAGCAACAAGAGACCACUAUCCAGAAUUUUAAAUUCAGCUGUGAACAGCUUGAGGCUGAUUUGCAAGCUUCCAAGGACCUAACAAAUAAGCUGCAUGAAGAAACUAGUGCCAAGGAUCAAAAGAUCAUUAGUUUGCUGUCUGCCAAGGAAGAAGCAGUUGUGGCUGCUCUAUCUGAAUUACAGCAGCAACAUUCUGAAGAGAUGAAAGAGUUGGAGCAUAGGCUAAGUAAGGAGGAAGAAGAUAAAAAAGCCUUGGAAAAUGAAAAGAACAAAUUUCUUGACAGACUUGAUCAUCUCACUGAAAAGAUGAAAAUAAGCAGAGAAGAAAGUAAGCAGCAGAAGGCACAACUGGACUCCUUCACCAAGUCCAUGUCAUCUUUGCAAGAUGACAGAGACCGCAUAUUGAGAGACUACAAGCAACUUGAGGAACGUCAUCUUGUUAUAAUCUUGGAAAAAGACCAGCUAAUUCAAGAGGCUGCUGCUGAAAACAAUAAGCUCAAGGAAGAAAUCAGAAGUUUUCAUAGCCGGAUGGAUGACCUCAACUCUGAGAAUGCCAAGCUGAGUGCACAGUUGGUGCGGUAUAGAGAAGACCUGAACCAAGUGAUUUCAAUAAAGGACUCCCAACAGAAACAACUGCUCAAAACACAGCUUCAGCGGAUCCAAACUCUGGAAAAAGAGAAGGCAAUCAUAGAAACACAGCUGAAAGAGUCUGAGCAUACUCAGGAUGAUCUCAGGAAGUGCAUGGAAGCCUUGAAAGAUGAUAAAGUCAGUAUGUCUCAAGAGAUUGAAACCCUUACGUCCUCUCUGUCUCAGGUGCAGAGUGAGAUGACAGCAUUACGUGAAGGGGGUCCUAUCAUGGAGUGUCAAGCACAAUUGAAGGUCCGAGAGGAAGAGGCACGAGAACUGAGUCAUAAGCUUUCCCUCUCGCAGCAAAGGAUAACAGAACUUGAGGGGGAACUAGUAUGUGUUCAAAGGGAUGCAGCCAAGAGAGUGGGAGAGGCUGAGGACAGGCUUUGGAAGGAAUUGAAGCACCUACAUCAUGAUGCAGGGAUAAUGAGGAAUGAAACAGAAACAGCAGAAGAGAGAGUAGCAGAGCUGGCACGGGACUUGAUGGAAAUGGAACAGAAAUUUCUUGCAGUCACAGAUGAAAACAAAGAUCUCAGAGCUCAAAUUCAGUCUUUUGGGAAGUCCAUGAGCUCUCUUCAGGAUAGCCGGGACCAGGCCAAUGAAGAGCUUCAUGUUUUGAAACAGAAACACUCUGCAGACUUAGAGGAACAAAAGACUCUAGUGCAGAAUCUUCAGAAACAGAUAGUUCAGCUACAAGAGGAGCAACGUUCCACUGCCAGGGACCGAGAUACAGUGAGGUCUGAGCUGACAGAACUGCAGAAAGCCACUGAUGAAAGAGGUCUCUUGGCCCAGAUUGAGAAACUUAAUCAGAAGCUCAGAGCCAAAGACGAUGAGCUUCUCCAUUUGUCUUCGGAACUGGAAGGCGCUUCCAACCAAGUCAAAUCUUUCUCCAAGGCUAUGGCAAGCCUGCAGAAUGAGCGAGACCGCCUGCUGAAUGAAUUGGGCAAAACACAUAAGAUUGAAGAAGUGAAGCAACAAGCAGAAGGGAGCACUUCCACCAGUCCUUCAGAAGUGCAGAGCCUUAAGAAGGCACUGUCCUCCUUGCAGAAUGACAGAGACAGAGUAGUAAGAGAGCUGAAGAAUCUGCAGCAGCAAUACAUACUGGUUGGGGUAGAAUCAGCUGAAAAUUCUCGCUUAAAAGCACAACUGCAGGAAUAUCAGCAAGACGCAGAUAAACAGCACCAUCUCCAAGAACAGCUGAAGCAAGAAAGUAUUUUCUACCAGCAGGAGCUCCAGCAGCUUAGACAAGAGAAAACUACCUGGGAAAAGCAGAACAGCAGCAUAAAGGAGCAGUACCUGAUGGUCAUAGCAGAAAAAGACAAGCAACUGAGCCAUUUACAAAGGAUCGUGCAAGAAAUGAGACUGCCCCUCAGCAAGUCUCAAAUUGUAGAGGAGCAGUACCAAAUGAAGAUUUCUUCAGAGGUUCUGAGAGGGGACUUUUCAAGCCUAGAAACAGAGACAAAACAUCUCCAGGCCCAGCUAAGUGACAGCCUGAAAGAACUACACCAAAAAGAGCUCAGAAUUCAGCAGUUAAAUAGCAAGCUGUCUCAGGUCUUUGAGGAGAAAAAUGCCCUCUCCCUCCAGCUGCGCGGUAGCAGUCGGAACAUCUGUGAGAGCCAUCAGCACUGAAAUGAGGUUCUGAACCGAAAAAAUGAGGUUCUGAACCUAUGCUUGGUGCUUAAGAGGCGGCUCCAGGAGCUGCAGUCUGCAGACAAGGGCAUGGAGUUGUUUGCAACGGAUGCUGCUCCAGGAGCACCCCAAGAAAAGAAUGAGCCUCAGAGAGGCAGUUACACACCAGAACUGCAGGAGUUACAGCUGAGGUUGUCCGAAACAGAACAUUUACAUAGCAGCACAAAGCAGGAUCUGAGGUAUUUAGAGGAGCAGCUGGAGGAAGAACGGGACCGUCGUCUUGCUGUAGAGGAGGCGCUCUCUGCAGCACAGGAUCAGAUCAGGAGGUUGCAGUCAAGUGAGUGGACGUCUUCCUUAAGUGCUAGCAUUGAUAUGAUUCCAAGUCAUGAACACUCUUUGCUGAUUGACUCCAUGGAUAAUAAUUUCAGCAAAACUCGGAAUAUCCUUGGACUACGACGCCUGUUACGCUCUCUCUUCCAUUCCCGGACCCACUUGCCUCUGCUAGUCGCCAUGUAUCUGCUUGCUCUCCAUGUCCUGCUGUUCCUGUGCUUUACAGGCCACCUAUGA